AUGAAGUUCGCAGGAGCAGUAUGCAUCUCAUUUGUGUUAGUUCUUGCGUCGUCUUUGGAUUGGACUAAUGCAGCCGUGGAAGAGGAGAUAAAAGUGGAAUGCGUCCCGGCAGAACUUAUCUCAUGCAUGCCAGCAAUACUAACCGGAAGUGCACCGACGACAGAAUGUUGCGGAAAACUGAAAGAACAAGAGUCGUGUCUAUGUAGUUACAUACAAAAUUCAGCAUUUGGUCCGUAUAUUAAAUCCCCAAAUGCCCACAAAGUCUUAGAGGGUUGUGGUAUACCUUAUCCUACUUGUUGA